AUGAUCGCAGCCCACCUGCGGAAGGAGCGGGCGCUCACGCGUUGCCGGUACAGCGUCGAGAACUGCCCGCCGCCGCCGGCCCGGGAGCGGCCUGUGGCGUGUUACAACUUCGAGAAGCCGCGCGUACGGCGGGUCAACCGCGACGCGUGCCGCCGCGGCGCCGGCGCGCAGCUCCUCAAAGGCCUGCUCGAAGACAAACUACGGCGGACGUGGGCAGCCCUCGCGCCCGCGGGACCGCCGCCGCGGCUCGCGCAAGCGGCGCCGGCCGCCGUCGCCGUAGUGCUCGCGGCGCGGCGCGCGGUCGACGCCUCCGCCACGCGACGGCUCCGGGGCGCCUGGACCGCGUUGCGCGGAUCGGACCUCCGGCCGCUCGCGCUGUUGCUGGGAGCGUGUGCGUCGCGCUGGCGCCGAAAUUCUAUCGACGGCGCGUGGCGUGCGCUCGGACGCGGCGUCAAGGCUGGGCGCCGCUCGGAGCAGAGGCGGCGGGCGGGGCUCGACGCCGUCGCGCGCGCCCUCGACCGCUCUACCCGUAUUCGGCGCCGGCGACUGCUCCUCCGCGCGUUCGGGAGGGUCCUAGCUGCCGCGACCGCGAACCCGGCCCCGACGCCGUGCACGGCCGUCACCGCGGCAGUCGCCAACGUGGCGCGUUCGCAAAACCGGCGACGCAAGCUGCGCGCGCUCGAUCAGCUGCGAUGCGCGGCGCGGACAACGAGGGCCUUGCUCCGCGUCCUCCAGUUCCGCGUCGUCGCGGAGAAGCGCACCGCGCUGGCCCGCCUCCGGCGCGGCGGGGAUUGUCGGCGGCGCCACGCGGCGGUCGGCGGCGCGCUGGUCGCGGCGAAUCGGAAAUGGCAUCGGCGGCGCAAGAUGCGGGCCAUAAAGCAGUGGGCGCGAAUCGUCCGGCCGAAGUGGGCGGACCGCGGCGCGGCGCUCCGGGCCUGCGGCGCCAUGGCCGUGGCGGCGGCGCGGCGCGCGGCCUGGGCGCGCCUGGCGCACCACGACCGGAUCCACCGCCACGGCGUCUUCCGCGUCCAAUGCCUCGCGGCGGUGGCGGCGGCUAACGCGCGCCGCCGCCAGGCGGAGCUGCUGGCCCCUGUCCGGUGCCGCGCCCUCGAAGCGGCCAAGCACGUGGCGCUCAGAGCGACGGCGGCGGCGCUCGCGCGGGCGCGGGCACGGCGGGCGUGGUCCCAGUGGCGCGUCCGCGCCGCGGCGCGCGGCGCGCGGCGGGCGGUCGAGAAGGCCGUGGCCUGCGCGCACCACGCGUCGGCCCGGCUCGACGGCGCGUGUGACUUGAUAGGAGGCCACUGGGACCUCGCGCGCAAGCUCGGCUUCUACGUUUUGAGAGGGGCGAGCAGACCUGCGAACGUGCUGCGAAUGCGGCGCGCAUUCACGCGCUGGGUCGGUCCGCGGUGGCUCCUUCCGUUGCGCCCGCCGCCGCCGCGGCCGCGGGCGUACGCCGCCGCCGCGUUCAUUGUCUUGCACGGCCGCCGGCGCGUGCAGGCGGAGAGCUGCACGGCGGCGUUCCGCGAGUGGCGCCGCGCGGCCUUUGUGUCGCGGCGGGCGGCGGCCGCGCGGCGGACCGCGGUUUCGAUGCUCGCGCGGUGCGUCGCUCGACGCGUGGACCGCCGGCUCCGUGCUGCGCUGGCAAACCUACGCGUGGCGCACGCGCGGCGCCGUGCUAUCGAAGUUGCUGCGGUGGCGCGCGCCGCCGCUCGCGCCGACGCCGCCUACGCGGACGCGGCGCGGCGGAUCUCCGAUGCCGAGACAAGGGCCGGCUUCGCGCUCGCCGCGGCACAGGACGCUGAAGCGCGGGCGAAAGCGGGCACUGCGGCCGCCGAGAAGCGCGCGGCGAGCGCCAUUGCGGCCGCCGCCCAAGCUGCAUCGACGGCCCGCGAGGCCGCAGCUACGGUCGCUGUCGAAGCGCGGGAGCGAGCCAUGGCGGAUCUCGCGGCCCUGCGGGCGGCCUCGGCGAGGGACGUCGCGUCCGCGAAAGCUGCGGUCGCUUCAGCCGUGUCGGAACGAGACGCCGCACUCGACGAGGCGCGGGCCGCCCGCGCCGAGGCGCUAGCGUCUCGACGAGCCGCGGAUGCUAAGGCGGAGCGCGAUAAAAAAGCGACCAGAGACGCCACGGUGGGUACCCUGGCGGCUCGCCCAGCCACGGACGCCGCGGCGAAGCGCGAUCAAAAAGCCACCGCAGACGCCGAUCGCAGACCUCGGAAAGUCGAGGAGGCCACGCCCCUCACUCGCAAGGUGAGGCAAGCAAAACGGGACGCGCGGGCGGCGCGGAAGAAGGCCGAAAAGGCGCGCAUGCGGAUCCUCGUCAAGUUGACGCCGCUCCUGGUCCGGUGUGGCGCGGAUACCGUCGCGCUCUACUUCCGAGCCUGGCGGCGCCGGACGCAACUCUCGCGGCCAGGCGUGGCGACGCGCUCCGAGGCCUCUGUGCAGGUCCUCCGGCGGAUGGCACGGCGCGGAAGCAUUUCCGCGGCAUUCGUCCUGUGGCGGCGUGCGUGGCUCCAGAGCGCCGUGUCGGCGCCGGGCCCCGCGUCGCCGCACGCGCUGGCGUACGCGGCGGAUUACUAA